AUGGAUUAUCUAAAGGGUAUGGUGAGUGAUGAUAGUGGAGAGGCUUUCUACUCUGAGAGUGGCCAUGGUUCUGAGGAUAGUGGAGAUGAUUCUGAUGAUAGUGAAUACAAUGUUGAUGAGUCUAACAUACAAUUUGAUGUGGAUGUAGACAUGAGUGAAUUCCAUAAUGCUGUUGAUGUGGAUGAACAUGGAAUCUUGAACAAACAUUCAAAAGAUGAAGGGAUUGACAUGGUUGAUGAUGAGUUGGAAGUUAUUGCCAUUGAUGAUUAUCAAUUUGCAGGAUUUCAUGAAGAUGAUAGGAAGAGACUGCUAAAAGAGUUGAGUAAGUCAAGUACAUGCUCACAUGGAGAGGUUCAUGUUAAACGAUUUCAGAUUGGCUAG